AUGGCGGGCUUGUUCAAAGCCAUGCUGGCGGUGCUGGCCCUGUGCUGCGGAGGUGAGAUGAACAGAGAUGACGAUGGACAAUGGUUUGUGCAAUGCCGGGUGUAUUGCAUCUUACUCACUGUUGUCUCUGCAGUGUCACAGUGGUGCCAGCAGUUUCAAUUCACAGGUCGUAGAAACAGUCCAGGGACACCGGAACAGAAACUGCUGCAAGGUUUGCAGAUUUUGUUGAAAGAUACUUUGCAGGCCUCUAGCUCCGGAGCCUCAAACAAAAAAGGCAAGGGUAAGGGCUCCGGCAAAAGUAGUGGUAAAAGCCUACCUUCCAAACAGAGAGAUGCGAACCAUGAUGGCAGCUAUGGGCUGAUUCAAGCCUUGCAAAAGCUAACUGCCCGAGCCGCAAAGAAACCACAAGGGUUGCUCCAAAGGUUGAAAACAUUGGUUCAAGUUACUGAACGUGGUAUGUUGCGACCAAACAAGAGAAAGAAAGAUCUGCCGCCGCAUGAGGCGGUCCCGCCAGUGAAACCAAGCACACGAUUCAAAAGUUCAGAAAAUUUGGUAGAUGGUGCUCCUAAGCCAAAAACACGAUGGCAACGCGACAGAUCCUGGAAAGCCCGUGCCCAGGACUGGGGCGUCAAAACUGUUUUGCGUGGCCCCACAGCUCUGUGCAACGCUCUUGACAGUGGGGACACCGGUGCUCUCCUGUGUCAAGUACAAAAUCUGGAUGAUUGGAAUGAAGCCCUCCAAAUUUCUCAUGCUGCUGGUCGCACCAAUGUCACGGUUGUUCUUGAAGCUGCACCUAACAUGUCUCCAGAACUUGGCAAAUUGAGAUAUCAUGGUUGGACAGCCUUGAACACACGUGCAGCUGGUUAUGCCGAUGAUAAAUUGGUCCAGCGCUUGGUUUGGAUUGCGCGGUGCUCGCCAAAUGCACCCACAUUGGUUCCAGGAUCCGUGCUGACAGGAUUUGCUCGCGUCAAAGGCAAAGACAGGGCCCUGCAGUUGAUUAAAGCGAGCGGCUCAGAACACAAAGGUCAGGUUUGGUUUCUUGAUCCUGCCAGAUGGGAUGGCCUCGCAGAAACACCUCCACGCAUGCUUUGGGUGGACAAAUUGGAAAAUGAACAACAAAUUGCAUUUGCUCGUCGCGUAGCUCAUGAUUCGGGUCCUUUUGGCAUGGCUAGGGGUCGUGUACAGCUGGCUCUCAGGGUCAAACCAGACGAUGAGCGGCUCAAACCCACUUCUAGUGUUUGGCGGGUUGAGACAGUGCCGUUUGGUUGGGAUUUUGAAAAUGUGGAAGAAACUCUGGUUGAAGCAGGUUUCUCUGAAAUUGAUAUUUUAGCAAAGCAACGCCGUCGUGGUGGCACUGCUUGGGUUUUCAAAGGCAUGAGAAAUGAUGACCGUGAUCAAAUGCAAAUCCAUUAUGAUGCGGACGAGACGUGCAAUGAUGAUCGCGGUAACGAAGCUAUGGAUGUCAGUCUGAUUAGCGUCCCAGAUGCAAGUGAUGUUGAGGAUGAGCCCAUGCAUGUCCAGGGCACCAAACGCAAAGACCAGGUGCGUGCAUUUGUUGUUGCCUACAUGACCAAACACUUCAAGAAAUACGAGGAUUUCUGGGACGGUUUAAGCCCGAGCAACAUUCCCAUGGAGGGUGGGUUUGACGAUUAUUUACAAGCCCUUGAAAAAGAUAAAGCUUGGGCGGGAUAUUGUGAAAUCGAAGCAUAUGGCGAAGCCAUGCGCCGACCUGUACUUGUUGUGCAUGCCAAGGACAAUGUUGUCCAUGCUUUUAAUAGUCAUGGCGAUAAGGAUGUUGUCUGUCUCUGGUACAAGGAUGAACAUUAUGAGCUUAUUGUUCCUUCAGACGCAGAUAUUCAGGCCCUGUGGCAGAAUGCUGAAGACGGUGGCACCAAGGGUUACCGCGGGGCCGCAAAGAAGGCACGCUUGGCUGCCGACAAUGCCCCAAAAGGGGCCACCAGAGGCGACUCCAUUCUUCGCCUUUGCAAGAGAGCAAGCGUGUCACCUGAUGUACCUCACAGAAGCAUUUUGCCUUGGAAGCUGAAGCAUCGCCAGAUGUAUGUGCAACUCAACAAGUUUGCCAAGGCUCCCAAAGAGCGCCAAGAGGCGCUGCACAAGGCUUGGCGUUUGAGUGCUACUGAGCGUAGGAAGCUUGAUGAUGCUUGGGCUAGCGCCAAGAAAAAGUCGCGCAAGAAGUGGUUCGCUUGGCGGCCUAACUAUGAAUGUCCUCCGGAAGUGCCUGUUGAGCAAUGGCGGGCCGUGCUUGCAGAACAAUGGGCCGCUUACGUGCCAUGUUUUUCUCAGGAUCCCGACCAAGAUUGGGCAUAUUUUCACCAGUUUGCUGAAAAGAGCAUGCGUGAAGCAUUGCACUUGUGUGGCCAGCCCGUGCCUAGGCCGCUCUCAGAGCCUCGGGGUCUGCAGCCGGAUGUGACGGUUGGUCCGGCAGCGAAGUUUGCCAUUUCCCGCUUGACCCCACAGGUUCAGGAAUGGAUUGCGUCUCGGGUCCCCGAGCAGUGCCAUGGAGGUUUGGCCAUUGAAAACAUGCAACUGCAAGGGUUGCCAGAUGAGUGGGCUAACAUUUUGAUGUUUGUAUGGGGUCAUCAAGUGCGAUGGCUGUGCUUGGGGAAAGCUGUGCACCCAACGCCGGAGCAUGUCCAGACCUCCAUGCCGCAAGGUGAUGCCUUUGCACCUCUGGCUCUUAUCAUGUUGCUCAUUAGGAUGUCUUUGUACAGGUCCAGAAUCAUUUCACUCGCCACCUGGGGCGCUUGGUUUGAACGAUUGCCGCAGUCACAGUUGCCUUCGCUUCGAAAGGCAUGGCAUGCCAUUUCCUAUCUGCAAGGCUGGCAGAGUUUCAUUUGCGCACGCAUGCGAGAGCUGAACUGGGAAUUUCGCGGUCCAUGGAUGUUUGCACAUGAGGAUUUGGGUCAUGUCGAUUUAUCCAAUCCAGAUGAAGCUGUUGUGAAACUCACCGAGCACAAGGUCCCUGAAGAUGAAUUGCAAAAUCGUCUUGCUUGGCCCACACGUGGGUGUGAUGCCUAUGAUAGAGCGGUUCUUCACCACAUGGCCCGGGUCAGGGGGGCGGUUACAAGGAUAGAGAAGGAUUUCUACUCCAACUCCUCUCGAGCUGCCAGGUCAUCCAAAAGAAAGACUGCAGAAAAGGUGCUCCAUGCGGGCGGGCUCACCUAUCCGCUCACCCCUUGCGCCUUAAAGUUCUUGGCAGGGACGGUGUCAGUCAUCUGGCGGGAGUCCAAGAAUGACACGGAGGGCAUGGGAGUCAAGAGAACCUUGCAAUGUCUGUGCCAAGAAGGCUGCGACCUCAAGUGCCCUUUCGCGGUCUUGGAGACUUUGGUGAGCUACGCAGUCCUGAAAGGAAAUGAAGGAGCUUAUCUCGCAGUCACCAACAAGGGCACGUGGAAGAGCAACAUCAUAUUAGAAUAUGCUCAAGAAGCACUGGAGUCCUUAGCAGUCAACGCCUCCCAGUCCUUUGUCAUGACGGAGAAGCUGUCGGAGCUGCUUCGCUCUCAGAACACCAUCCCACUCUCAGCACCGGACACCACAAAAGGCGACAAAGCCGACAAAGAAAUUGUCGAUCGCCUCAAGAUGGAACUGCAAAAGUUCAAGCAGGACACGAAGGGAAGCAACGACAGCCUCAGCUCAGCUGUCAAGGAACUUGAAGAGAAGAUGAAAACGGCAAACAAAUACCUGCCACCCUUGGUCAAGUCCACAAGACACCAGCUGCUGCACAAGAACAACAAAGUUCUGAUCUACGCCCCCGCGUGCAUGUGGAAAACGAUCUGCGGGUGGCAUUACUAUUCAGCAAACUACACCUUUGAAGAGGGCGAGGACUCGAAGGUGUCAUGCGCAAAGUGCCAACUGUCAGCGCAGCAGCAAGGAGGUCAAGUCUGCUGA